UUUACACGCGUAAUAUUAGCACGUGUCAGUACAUCGGCAUGUAAACAACUUGCACAUUGUAAUUUCGCUAUCUAAAAAGUCAUCAUGUCGAGGGCGGCUGGUACACUGAUUACAACAAACAAUGCAACCUUUAUACCCCCACGGUUCAUGCCUGGGUACCAAGGCCACUGUCCAACAACAAAAUAUGAUUAUGGUGAAACAUAUGGAGAAGCGACUACAAAGCAUUUUCAAGAUUACCGUUCCCGAGUUUUAAGUGCAUCAGCUGACCCUUACUGUCGCGGUGGUGACUUCCCUACAUACUACACACACAGACCAGAAACAGUCAUUAGCAAUAGAUCAAGAACAAGAGACAGAUGGCUAUUAACCCCUAAAUAUUCCUUAACAAAUGUAGAUUUUGAUAGAAAAGAAGAAUUGAAAUCAUAUGACAGGCUUGCACAGAGACAUAGGGAACAUUACGUUGACAAAUCAGGAACAGUGAAAAGAACUGCACACUUUAAUUUACCUAGUGAUGCUGAAGAUCAAUUACGUAGAAAUGUUAAGUUUGUAAUAAUGUCCACACGACAUUCAGAUAACAUCAAUCUGCCAUUCCUUGACCAUGAGGCUAGAAGAUCACCUCUAAUACGAAGAAUUGCUGAUAGAAGUUCCCAACGAGACAGAGAAAUGAGAGAUGUUUAUUUUGAAAAGCGAUAAUUUGAUAGACAAAUUAGUUAUGUUGUUUAAGAUGAUCACACUUUAUGUACUUGCUUCAAAAUUUUGUACCAAUUAGGAAUAUUUUUUUUACAGCUGUGUAACUGUUUACGUAGCUUAAUGAGAUUUGAAAUGAAUGUGAAAAAUAAUAAAAGCAGGAAAAAUUUCUUGUCAGCUUUUGAAACCUAGUUGCAAGCUUCAGUAGUCAAAUUUCUUUAUAUGAUCAUUGAUUGAUGAAAAAUUAUUCAGAAGCAAUAUGAAAACAGAUCUUGUGCAAUUAGCUCAAAAAAUAUAUGCUGACUUGAAAAGCCUUUCAAUGAAAAUUGUUGUAUAAUUUGUUUCAGGUAUUUAUUUAUUUUUCUGUUUUAAAAGACUUUAUUAUUGUUGAAAUGUGAUAAGAAAUUUUACUAUUUUUUUUAUAAAUUAUAUCUUUACAAUGAAUUUAUAUUUUUUUCAUAAUGUUAAUGUAUGUUAUAUACAAUUUAUCCUUUCCUAUACAUGUCAAUGAGAAGUUUACAUUUAAAUGGUGGUAGUUCUGAAUGUCUCAAAAAGGACAAUUAGGUGUAAUUGUACAUUUUAUAAAAUGUUUGUAGUAGCUUUGUAAUAGUUUUAUUGUUCUGCUUUUUUUUGUUUUGUUGUUUUGAAGAAGUAAUGUGAUUAUGAAGGGAGAUAAUUCACUUGAGAAAUUUGGUCAAACAUGCUUUUCGUCUUACAAUUUUCGAUGUUUGACCAAAUAAUUAGUACAAUAUAAAAAUUAUAUUAAAAAAAUAUGUGAAUAAAGCAAAAAUAUCAGUCAUUACAUUGUGCAUAAUUCUGUGAUAAUUACCUGUUAUAAAAUAAUAAAUUUUAAGUGUCUGUA